AUGGACCUUGAGGUCUCCCUGGCUGAGCUCCAAGCAGAGGCCAGCUGCCCCGUCUGCCUGGAUUACCUCACAGACCCAGUGACCAUUGAGUGUGGGCACAACUUCUGUGGCUCCUGCAUCCACCAGCGGUGGGAAGGUCUACAGGACAUCUUCCCCUGUCCUGUCUGCCUCCACCACUGCCCUGACAGGGACUUCAGGAGGAACCCCCAGCUACGUCACAUGACUGAGAUGGUUAAGCAGAUUCCCACCAUGAGGAAAAAGAGGAAAAGGCAAGAGAAUCCCCUGUGUGAGCAGCACAAAGAGGAUCUGAUCCUGUUCUGUGAGAAGGACCUGGAGCUGUUGUGUCCUCAGUGCACGGACUCCUCCGACCACAGGGGUCACCCCCUGAUGCCCAUUGAGGAAGCUGCAGCCAGUCACAGGAUGAAGCUCAAAAGCUACCUGGGGCCCCUGAGAGAGCAGAUGGAAGAUGCGGAAAAGGGGUUGAAAAUGCAAAUCUCCAAAGAUUUUGACUUGAGAUGGAAGAUGGAAAAUCGAAGGAGUGAAUUGUAUUCUGAAGCUGAAAUAUUUAAGCAUUUCUGGGAAAAGGAGCAAGAUGCAAUUCAUGUUAGUUUGCUAGCUGAAGAGAAAGGUAUUCAAGAAAAAGUAACUGAAGGGAAAAACCAAAUAUGCAACCACAGUUCCAUAUUAAAAAGUCUCCUUAGUGAAAUUAUCAGUAAGUGUUUGCAGACAGACCUGGAUUUACUCACAGGUGUUGAAAGUACCCACAACAGGUAUGAGAACCUAGAGACCCCAGCAGUCUUCUCCUAUGAAUUAAAGAGGGCGAGUUUCACUCUCCCCCCACAUUAUUUUGGCCUGCAUAACAUGAUGAGCACAUUUCAGGUAGAUUUGUCACUGGAUCCUGAAACUGCCCAUCCAAGUCUCAGUAUCUCAAGAGAUAGAAAAAGUGUGACAUAUAGGACAGUAGAUGGUCUUCAUGAUCACCAGGCCUUUACUCCUUCCCCAGCUGUCCUGAGCUCCGAGGGCUUUGCUGCUGGCAGGCAUUUCUGGCAGGUGGGAAUAGGAGGCCUAGGUGCAUGGUCCUUAGGUGUGUGUAAAGAAUCUUUCCCGAGAAAUGCUCUUAUGUCACCAACCCCAAGAAAUGGCUGCUGGCAAAUUGAGCUCCUGACUAGUCCAUUUGGCACAUGGGAUUCAGUAAACCUUAGACGGAUUGGCAUUUUUCUGGACUAUGAGUUGGGAGAAGUUUCAUUUUAUGAUUUGAAGAAUAGAUCACAUUUGUAUACAUUCAGUGACAGUUUUGCAGAAAAGCUUAUGCCUUAUUUCUCUAGCACACCUUCUUCAAAAUCACUUACUAUGAGGAUAGUCAGAGAAGAAUGCUGA